AUGGGCAAAUCUGAAGAACAGACAGAAAGAUUCAACUAUUAUGUAGAUGAAUCACUAGAUCCUUCUUUUAAGGACUUGACCGAACGCAUUUUACCCCUUGCAACGUAUUUUACUUCAAUCGAUGCUUUUAUUGAAAAGCAUUCUAAGUUUGAAUAUGGAUUUGUCAGCCAUGCUUUAUGUGCAGCCAUGCGCGGGUUAUUAAAGGAAUAUCUCAUUCUAAUUACUCAAUUAGAGCAUCAGUUCAGAACGUCACCUUCUUUUACUCUUCAAAAGUUUUGGUUCUAUGUGCAUCCGACUUUACAUACAAUGUCGAAUCUUCAUUCACUGGUAAUGGAUAUUCUAGAUGCGGCACAGGAUGCAAGUGAAGAUGAAGACGAUAUAUUAAUAGUUGAGGGUUUUAAUAAUAAAAAAGAUGAAAUACCGCAACAGAUCAAAGGUGGUGGCAUACUAACUAUAUUGGUUGAUAGAAUGACUACAAUGAGCGGCGAUUUAGCAACGAAAAAGCUUUAUGUGCAUUUACUAUCAAAAGCCUCGCAGCCUUAUGUAUCAAUGUUACACUCCUGGAUACACCAUGGCGAAAUUCGAGAUCCAUAUGAAGAGUUCAUGAUACAGGAACGUAAAAAUGUUAAAAAGGAAAAUUUAAAAGAAGAUUUCAACGAUGCGUACUGGGAGGCCCGUUACACAAUUCGCGAUAAAACUUUACCUCCAUUUUUGAUUCCAUUCAAGAAUAAGAUAUUAUUAGCUGGUAAAUAUCUUAAUGUGAUUCGCGAAUGUGGAAUUGCAAUUCAAGAACCACAACAACAAUCAACCGAAGAAGUUGUGGGAAAGGAUGGUGUAGAUAGAACUGAUGUAAAUGUGAACAGUGAUAUUUUGGUAGCUAUGGAUGGUGGAAGGUUCGUAGAUAAUAUUGAGAUUGCUUAUAAAUGCGCAAAUAGAACUCUAUUAGAUCUAUUAUUGAAAGAUCAGCAACUUAUCGCUCGUCUACGAUCGAUCAAACGUUAUUUCUUCCUAGACCAAUCUGACUUUUUUACGCACUUCCUUGACCUUGCCUCAGCUGAAUUGAAAAAACCCUCCAAAGAUGUUUCUCUUACAAAGCUUCAGUCUCUACUUGAUUUAGUCCUUCGUAAUCCUUCUUCAGUUGCUUACACUGAUCCAUUUAAGGAAGAUGUGAAAGUUGAAAUGAGUACCGUUGGUCUAGUAGACCAAUUGCUACGCAUUAUCAAUGUUGCCGGAAUGAUGGAACCGACUCCUGCAUUUAGUCGGGCAAAUCGUUUGGCUGAAAGCUUUGCUUUCAGAAAGGAAAAUGUAAAGAUGGGAGAUGUUGAAAGCGAAAAUGAAGGUUCAGAAGAUGGCGUAGGAAGUGGUACGGAAAAACCAGGCUAUGCUUCUAGUGUGGCAGGUAGCGUCACUGGAAGUAUUGUUAGCAGUUUGGCUGGAAGUAUAUCUGGGAGUAUCAUGGGUGGAAGUAACAAACAACCAUUGACAGGAAUUGAAGCACUUACUUUGGAUUAUAUCGUUACCUUUCCGUUAUCCUUAGUUAUUUCUCGUAAAGCACUUACCAAAUAUCAACUAUUGUUUCGACAUUUACUUUAUCUUAAAUAUAUCGAACAAUUACUAUGUAAUACGUGGACUGAGCAUACUAAAUCAUUCCAUUGGCGUCGUGGUUCAGGACAUCCAGCUCUAGAAGCAUGGAAAAGCCGUGCUUUUGCUCUCAGGCAGAGGAUGUUAGUUUUCGUGCAACAGUUUUCGUAUUACGUAACAAGUGAAGUUUUAGAGCCUCAAUGGAGAAAUUUGGAAGCAAAUUUAGUUAAGGUUUCAACAGUUGAUCAAGUGUUGCAAUAUCAUUCCGAUUUUCUGGAUACUUGUCUUAAAGAAUGCAUGUUAACUAAUGCUAAAUUAUUGAGAGUAAGUUAUGUACAAUAA